GGAAAAUGUAUCUUUCAGCGACAAUCCACGAAAGGUAGAGAAGAGGGUGACGUUUUGUUGUGGUCAAGGUAGGACUCACUUGACAACUUCCGCGCCGUCGAAUACAUACAUCCAGUAUGUGCGACAAUGACAUGGGCGGCAACGCGACGACCUGUGAUCUGUUCCACACAAACAAGAGCAACCUCUGGAUUGCAUUGGGGAUGUCGCUCGUGCUUCCUUCUGUACCUCAAUGCCUUGCUUUUGCCGCGACAGUGUUGGUCCUAACAAAAGCUGCCAACCGCGUCGUGCACCCAGCGAUGGAUUGCGUGACUCGUAAGUGGCGCAUCGGCCGAGCCCUUCGAGUCCUCCCCGGCCCCCCCUCGCUUCCAAUCAUUGGCAACCUGCAUCAACUGGGUAAGAACAUGGUCAAUAUCCACUGGUGGAAGGUAGACAUGACGCGGCUAUACGGCGGCACGUACGCUACCCGCGUCGACUGCCUCAUGGACGGCUCCAUCGUCACGAGCCGCCCAGACAACCUCGAGUACAUCCUUCAAACCAACUCAGCCAACUACGUCAAGCCCAAGCUGCUCCAAGACACAUGCAAAGAGAUCAUGGGCGAAUCCAUCUUUUCCAUCAACCCCAGUUCCCCUCUCUGGGCCCUCCAACGCAAACUCAUGUCGUCCAUGUUUUCUGUCAACUCGUUCCGCAAGUACAUGAACUCUGUCUUUCAAGAGCACACGCGGCAAUGCAUCGCAGACCUGUACGCUGCCACCACAACGUCUAAAUGCGAUGCUAGUGGGGAACAAUUUGGUCAUGGGGGAGAGGUUGUCGACAUGGAGCUGAUACUGUUAACGCUGACCACCAACAUCUCGUUCCAUAUUGGGUUUGGCGGUCAUGUGCCCGACGAAAUGAACUCCCCCCAAUUCCACGCACUCUUUCGAGACGCCAGCUCUAUCACAGCCAACCGGUUCACCAAGCCAUGGUACAAAUGGUUUGGCUGGUGCAUGCCGUCGGAAUGGCAGUUGAAAGCUGCCAUGACCGACAUCGACAACAUGUUUUACAGAAUUAUUGCGUCGCGGCAACAGGAAGCUCACAACGAUGGGGCCGUGGACAUCCUCUCCCAACUCUUGGCCCGCCAACGCCAAGGCCACCACAUCACCGACAAGUUUCUUCGGGAUAUGAUGAUGACGGUGAUGCUCGCGGGGCGGGAGACGGUUGCGAGCAGUUUGCUUUGGAUUGUGUACUUGAUCGCCCUGCACCCCGAGGUGGAAGCCAAGGUCAUGGCCGAAGUGGACGCGAUCAAGGAUGCCACCGAUUACGACAACGUCGCCCAACUGUCGUAUCUCGAAGCGGUGAUGAAGGAAACCUGGCGGCUCUUCCCCCCCACCGCCUUGGAGCUCAAAAGCGCACUCCAUGACGACGUCUUGCCCGAUGGGACAUUUGUUCCAGCAGGGGUGAACGUCGAGUUUUCGCCGUUUGUGAUGGGGCGUGAUCCCACUAGAUGGGAAAACGCAGGCUCGUUUAUCCCCCAAAGGUGGCUGGAGCCUACCUUUGUCACCCCAACAGACUACGAAUUCCCGGUCUUUCACGCCGGCAAACGUAAAUGCGUCGGGCAGCGCAUCGCCAUGCUUCAAGUCAAGUACAUUCUCACCAUGUUGUACCAGCGUUUCCGCUUUGAAUUGGUGGACAAGGUGACGCCUCCCCAGUUGACGUUGGGCAUUGCGUUGUUUGCCAAAGGUGGGUUGCCAGUCCGCCCCAUCGUGCGGGAAGAUCUGACCAUACCCGCCCCCUCCUUAUCAACCCCCCGGCCUCGCGCUUCGUCCGCCGCGUAAAUCCCGACAAAAGAAGAAGGAAACUAGUUUAUUAAUAUCGAAGCGACAAGAAGCAUGCCACCCCGGCUUUGAUCCAGUAAUCUUGGUCUGCAAAUUGCAUUUGCAGGUUGGUUUCCGACACGAGUGAGUUGCGGAAGAUCGUGUCCUUGUUGGACGGCACUUCGAUCCACAUGACAAAGUUCGUCGAGUGGCCAGUCGUGGACAGCGUGCCGGUUCGGGUGAGGAUCUUGUACACGGGGCAGCGAUAGAUGCCACUUUGUGGCGCUUGGCGGUGUUUCACCGGCAUGAGGUGCAUCACUGGCAUCUUCGAAAACAGCUCCUUUGGAAUCGGGUCAACCAGCGAGUACUGCUUGGUGUCCCACCGCGCCCCUUCAAUAAACAGUCCGUACGCAUAACACCCACCCUUUUGCGGCUUGAUGUGCAGCCGCUCGACGGGGUCGGGCACCAUGAUGAAGUCCCACGACAGCGUGUCAAUCGGGAUAUUGAACCCCCGGGCGUGGUUUUGCAAUGUACCGGUGAGAAACCCCUGGGGAAAGAAGAACCCCGAGAGCCAAAACACGGGCGGGAUGCCAUCGUUGAUCCAGUGCGUGAGGAAUUUCAAUCGCUCCAGAAGCUCGUCCACCCAUGGGUUCAAGGCUUUCAACGACGGAUAUGCCUUUCGCUCCCAUCCUGGGGGGACCU